AUGGAGUUGGAAUCUGGAAAUCAGGAGAAAGUGGGUUUUUUUGUGCUUGGAUUUUUGUGGGUGAAGCGCUUUACCAAGAAGUUCCUUUCUGAAAUGGUUGAAAUUGCUGAGCAUGCUAAAAAGAUUGCAAGAGAUGAUCCAAGAAAAGUGAUCCAUUCAUUGAAAGUUGGACUAGCACUUAAUUUAGUUUCAUUGCUCUAUUACAUCCAGCCUUUGUACAGAAACUUUGGUGAAAACACAAUGUGGGCUGUUAUGACUGUGGUGGUUGUCUUUGAAUUCACUAUUGCAAGAGAUGAUCCAAGAAAAGUGAUCCAUUCAUUGAAAGUUGGACUAGCACUUAAUUUAGUUUCAUUGCUCUAUUACAUCCAGCCUUUGUACAGAAACUUUGGUGAAAACACAAUGUGGGCUGUUAUGACUGUGGUGGUUGUCUUUGAAUUCACUGUUGGUGCAACAAUUGGAAAAGGGCUAAAUAGAGGAUUGGCAACUCUGGUAGGUGGUGCUCUAGGCCUUGGAGCUUAUCACUUAUCUAGCAUUGCUGGAAAACCCGGUGAACCGAUAUUAAUUGGAAUACUUGUCUUUCUACAAGCUGGGGCAUCAACAUUCAUACGAUUCUUUCCCAGAGUGAAGGCUAGAUAUGAUUAUGGGAUGCUAAUCUUCACGUUGACAUUUUGUUUGGUAUCCGUAUCUGGUUUUCGAAGCGAUGACCUAUUUGAGUUGGCUCGAGAGAGGCUCUGUACCAUACUAAUAGGUGCAUCAGCUUGUGUGAUUGUAUCCAUAUUUGUUCGCCCUGUAUGGGCUGGUGAAGAUCUUCACAAGCUUGUAGCUCUGAACUUAGAGAGGCUAGGAAAUUUUUUAGAAGGUUUUGCAGGUGAGAUUUCGAAUUCGACGGAAGCUAAAGAAUUUGAAAAUGAUGUGCAAUUUCGGGUUGGCGUGAAUGGCAUUCUGGAUUCGAAAAACAGAGAAGAUAUCUUGGCUAACUUGGCAAGAUGGGAACCAGGGCAUGGUCAGUUCAUGUAUCGCCAUCCAUGGAAACAAUACCUCAAGAUAGGGAAUUUGACAAGGCAGUGUGCCCGCAGGGUUGAAUCCCUCAACAGCUACCUAAUUCCUAAAACUCAAGCAUCAGAGAACAAUGAUAUGAUUCAGGUGGCAUUUUCAAACGUCAGUUCAGAAUCUGGAAAAGCAUUAAAAGAACUAGCAUUGGCAAUUAAAACAAUGAUUUUGCCAUCCUCCCCUAAUCCGCAUAUAACGAACAUGAAAAUCGCAUCUGGAAACCUAAAAUCCUUCCUAAAAUCAGAUUUCUGUGAAGACACUAACCUUCUGCAAAUAAUGCCAGUUGCUGCUAUUGCUUCACUACUGAUAGAAAUAGUUAUCUGUGUAGAAAAUAUUGCUGACGCUGUUAAUGAAUUAGCUUCUCUUGCAAAUUUUAAAGGCAGAAAUUCAAAUGGAGGUGGCCGAAAUUCAUCAAAGAGACAAUGCAGGAUUUUUGACCAGCUUCCAGAGGAUGAGAUUCCACACGUUAUUUCAAUUAAUGAACCAACUUUGACUAGGUCACAAACUAUUUAAUAAACAAUAAACUCGCAGACGUGUGAAUUUCAAUUCAUGGAAAAAGUUUUAUGCUGCUCCUAGUGAAAAGUUGAGAGAAUGAUAGAGCUGUUCUGUGUUGUUUCCAAAUUCAUGGCAACUUAAACUUACUAUUGAACAAAUUUUGACAAAAUUAUCCUGUUUGAUUUACUUGUACCAAUUACUGAGAAUUUUCUUGGAAAAAUGUUGGUGAAAGUGUUACCUUUUCAUUGAUAACAACACAGUGUUAUACACAUGUAGAGUCAUGCCACAAACAUAAAGAUUUCUGCAAAGGAAGCUGCAGGGAAAUUUGCACAAAAUCAUCUAAAAUAGAGCAAUUUUUUGCGUUGUCUUGGGUCAA